AUGCCGCCCCUGCUGCUCCGUCCGCCCGCGGACCCCGCUUCGUCUCUGCCGCCGCCGCCGCCGCCGCCGCCGCACGCACGCGCCUCCCCCUCCCUCCCUUCGAGGACAGACUCCAGCCCGCCUGGCCACGCCCCGGGCCCGGAGGAUGCAAGACAGACCGCGCCCCCUCCUCGCUCCUCGGCCCGGCCCGGCUCCUGCUGUCGGUGGGUGCCCGGGCGUUGGAGGGCGCCUCCCUGCCUGAAAGAAAGCGGCGCCUUUCCGAAGCCGGCGGCACUUUGUACAUGCUUGCCGCUCCUCUUCCUUCCCGCGAGAACCAACGAUGCUGCCUCAUCUAACUGCGAGAGCCAAGAAAUAGCCAGGCCGGCUGAUAGACCGACAUCCUGCCGCCUGGGAGGAAAAGCCAGCCGGCGCUACCGAGAAGAGGCAGCGGGGAGGCGCCGUUGUCCUGGGGCGAGGGAAGGGGAUCAGUCUGCGUGCAGGAGCCCCCUCUGCGCCUUCCCGAGUGUUCAAGGGGCCGGCACAGAGCACGUGCUGGGUCGGUGGGUGGGUGGAGCGCUCCGGAGUCUGGGUAUUACAAGCGGAGUCUCCACUCUGGGGAAGAUGCUGCUGACGGGCUAGGAGAGCAGGAUGUGGGACUUCGGGGAUCUCAGGGGCGCUUAUGAUCUGCAUCUAUGGGUCGAGGAGAUUGCUCCCCUCCCCCAGGCAGGGAUCUAGGGCUCCCUCCGUUCUCAGAGCACAGAGGAGAGCAACGGUUAACAACUCUCCCCUUUCAUACACCCUUGCAGUGGAAAAAUCCCACCCCCCGUGGUGAUUUCUUUUCCGGGAAAGGAGGCUUCGAUGAAAUCCAGCUGGCAGCGCCUGAUGGGCUGGGCAGGGAGGAGCCGGGCCGCCUCUACAAGGAAAACCAGAAGGCAGGGCAAGCCAGGCUUCCAAGGGGCUUCAAGGAGGACCCAGAAAGUACCUCCUUCUCUAACCUUGGGGCAGGGGCUCUGCUUCGCCAGCAAGGAAGCGCUCCCCUCCCAGCGGGCAUUGGGUCAGGAGGAAACAUGCUGGGAAAACCAGCUGGUGAAAACACAAAAGGGCAAAGGAACCAGGAAUUGAACCUGGAAGCCAGGUGGAGCCCACAAGGCCAGAUCACUGCCAGAGAGAAAUUGUGGAGGACAUCCUUGCCCACUGGACUUCAGAAGAAACUCCGACUCGUUCCUCAGUCCCUAGAAGGAAGGAGUUGCUUUCAAGGGGGCCAUUCUACCUGCAGAUCUGACCAAAAUAACUCACCCCAUCCCCAUCCCCACUCCUCCUUUCCCGGAGAAGGAAGUUGAGGCGGCUACCGCUUCAGGGCACCCUGGAAGGCAUGGAUGAUCAAAACCCAGUUCUGUCAGAGGUGGGGUAUUGAUGCUGCCCAAUUGUACCUCUUGAGCCAGGAUAUCUGCUGCCACCAAGGUCUUGUCCCAGGGCUUGGAGGCUGGGAGGGAACUUGAGCUCAAUUCGGAGAUGAUUAGCUGUGGGUGUUGGACCAACUUUUGUUCUGAACUGGGUACUUCCCACUCUGGGGACCUUCAUAGACCGGCAGCUCCUUCUUGAGAGGCAGCUGUGCCAUCCAUUCACUGAAUGCACCCAUUGCUGGAGCGGGUGAUCCUUCAGACUGUCACUCAUACAUCAAUCACCUUGCAUUUAGACAGUUGUAAUGUCUUCUGUUUUGAAGGGCACUUCAGCUGGUUCAGAAUGUUGUUGCCCUGGCAUUCCCAGGCCUGCCUGCAUCACACAACAGCUCCAUAAGCUGUAAUGGUUACCUGGAGGCGUCCUGGCAUUAUGCCCCCUCUCUGGCCUUAUUCAAAGGGGCCCAGAAAAGCUUCCUUGGGCUACACUGGGCAACAGGACCCUUUCAGGGAUGAACGGUUUGCAAGAAUGGUAUCUCUUAUUGUUCAAAACUCUGGAUUUGUAUUGUAUUUUUUAUAUUUAUAUCCUCUCAGAGCCAUGAUGUAUUGGGCAGAAAGAAAAAAACCCUUUGUAGGCCCUCUUUUGGGCAAGAUGUAUGAGUUGCUGCCUUUGGAAAAUGCCUCUAGCAGAAAUGGUGCUAUAGGAACAAUAACAGAUGAAAAGUUUAGAGAGUGGGCAUCCCACAGAACAGCCUGUUUCUUAAAUCCUAAAUCCAGGAGUCAGGCUUACCCAGCGGGGAACGGGGAGGAUUAACAAGCUGGAAAGGAAGAGCCUCCAGGAAUUGCUGAGGGGAGGGGGAUGUGGCGGUGCAGCGCAAGGGCUCUUAGACAUCUCCCAUAAAAAGCACGCAUUUCAGCUGUUAAACUGAUGAAUAAGAAUUGAUUGAACAAAAUACAAGAUACACAGAUGCUAGUGAUUAGUCUUGAAUUAAGGUAAUACAAGUUGGAAACGAUGACUAUUAUGAAAUAUACUGAGAUUUAAACUGAAAGAGCAGGAUGGAAAAAUGAUAUAAAACAGAUAAUUAUAUUACAGUUAAAAUGUGUGGGAUGGAUACCAACUAGAUAAGAGUUUGAGACUCGGUGGAAAUACGUUGGAAAUUAAUUCAAAAUGCUGGAAACAGCCAAACAAAUAGGAGGAGAAUUGGAGGAGACUAUGCUGGUAAUCAGCCAAACAAUGGAGGGAGUCAAGGAGGAGACUAUGCUGGAAAUCAGCCCAUAAAAUACUGGAAACAGCCAAACAAAUUGGAGGAGAGUUGGAGGAGAUUGAGGAACUAUUCUAAAAUCAACUAAAUAGUUGGUGUUUUGGAGGGGAUCAAGCUGAGAAUUAAUCAAAUAGAACAAGCUGGAACAUAGUUAAAUAUUAGAGGAAGAUAUAGUGGAAAAUAUAUUAGAAAUUGGAGUAAAUAAAAUAUGCCUUUGAGAGAAAUCUGUGUAAUAUGUAAACUGGGAGAAAAAAAAAACUAAGGUAAACUGAUUUGAGGAUAAGGGUCAAAGGAUUAAAAUUAGAUAAAAUGUUGUUUUAUAAAAUAUAAUAAAAAUGGAGUGGUAUUGAAUUGAAACUAAGAAUAAAUGGUGAUAAAAUUGUAAGGUAAACACUUAACAAGAGGUUAGAAUAUUGUAAAAAAUAUUUUGACAUGACUUGUAUAAGAUAUAAGGUAAAGAAGAAUAAAGAGGUUUAGAAUUGUUA